AUGGCGGCUACAGCAAAUGGGCCUUCCCAAGCAGCACAGCCAGGCUCUAUUCUUCAACAGCAGAUUUAUAUUUUUGCAGCGUUCUUGCUCCGUAUGGCAGAGAGACAUAGGAGCUCUCCCCAGCCCCAACAAAGUUACUCACCUUCUGUUGAUCAUGAGGGAGUCCCUGCCACACUACCGACAUCUGACGCACCAGGCAGUCAAUACGUAGGGCAGUGGCCGUCCGCAUCGGAGGUGGAAGAUCCCACUGUAUUGCACAGUGCUCCUGCACAAGAGCUACAGGCUAUGGCCGACCACCAAGACAAGGUCUAUCAACCUGACCUACACUCACCAGUCAUGUCAUCUGAUUGUGAAGUCGAGUCGAUAUUGCCCAGAGUGUUCCAGCAGGAGUAUAUGACGCCUGUAUUACCAUACACUGUCCUGGUUCCGGCCAAUGGACUCUCACACAAGGCUCCAAUGGCUCUGCAGAAUAGGCAUCCCAAGACUAAUAACUUACUUUCUUUUAUCUUUACACUGUCUCCCACCUGUGCUGAGGAUGGCUCCUCCGCUUCUACACUAAUUUGUUUCUAA